GAAGAACAAAUCUCUGUGAAAACCCCUCGCUUCUUUUAUCUUCAUCAAGAACCAAAAGCAGAUUUAAAGAUUCAUAUUUGAUAAUUGUACUGGAUCACAGAAUAACAGAUUUGAAAAUGAAUAUCUUUCGGUUUCUAGGUGAUGUUUCUCACAUGUUGAGUAUCGGAAUUUUGUUAUAUUCGAUUGAAGUGAACAGAUCGGUUGAUGGUCUAUCCUUGAAAACUCAGGCCCUCUAUGUUGCUGUGUUUGUGAUUCGAUAUGUUGAUUUGCUCUACAAAUUUGUCUCUCUUUACAAUUCGUUUAUGAAAUUGUUUUUUAUCGCAACAUCUGUCUACACUGUGUAUUUGAUGACGCACAAGUACCCCAAAAAAAUCAGAGAAGAUACUGAUACUUUCCCCGUGAAAUACCUAGGUUUGGCUGCCGGGGCUCUUUGCUUGAUAUUUACUCACGCUUACACGUUGAGGGAAAUCACCUGGUCAUUUUCGAUUUGGUUGGAGGCUUUGGCCAUACUUCCUCAAUUAUUCAUGUUGCAGAAAACAGGAUCUGCUGAAAAUAUCACUACCCACUAUAUAUUUGCUUUGGGGGUAUAUCGGUUUCUUUAUAUUCCAAACUGGCUCUACAGGUAUUUUGCGGAAGGAAAGUUCGAUUAUGUUGCCGUCCUUGCUGGAAUUUCGCAAACCCUCAUUUAUUCCGAUUUCUUUUACAUUUACUAUACGAAGGUGAUGCAAGGCAAAACAUUUGAGCUCCCGGUAUGAUGUAUACAUGGUUGAUACAUGUAAUAGUAUGAGUAAGACUCUGGCUUUUAGCAAUACAAAAUCUGAUUGAAGUUUUUAAAAGGCUCGAGAUAAUUUCAUCGAUUAAUAGUCAUAUCAGCUAUAUAAUGAACACUUUCACAUAUUACAUAUGUUUGCUAUCUUGUGUUCACGUUUAGUCUCUCUUUAAUGGAUAAUAGACUUUUCU